GCUAACGAAGUAAUUUGAAAAUUUUGAUUUUGUCCCUUAAUGACCGAUUUUCUACAUUCAUUUCGGACGUAUCGUUUUUCCCUCGGUUAUUCAAUGUUAUCGUAUAAAGUGUUUUUUUCCAUUCAGCGCUACAGCACAAAAAUGUGUGUACGCUCAAUGAUGCAGUUUGCUGUUGAAAACCGUAAAAAAAAUGUCUGAAGAAAAUGACAAAGAUGUGGAAGCAGAGGUUACUUGCCGCAGUUUGGCUGAGGAGCUGCUGCGUGAAAUGCCUGAUAUGAAAGACGAGAUCGAACAGGAAUUAAAAGAUGCAUUGUCGAAAAGUAAUGAUAACAUCGAAGAAAAUAAAGAGGAAGACGAUGCGAAAGCACUAGCAGCCAAAGAAAGUCCUGACACUGAUUCAGCAAUACAAGAAGAACCAUCUAAAAUGUCAGAAAAUGUGGAUGCUGUAGAAGAAAGUAAAAACCCAGCUGAUGUAGAACUGGACUUAAAAAAUUCGUGUCCGAGCAUAUUUAUUGACAUGCCUGGCGAUGUGAAAGCAAUGGAAUCGACAGAUAUGCUGGAGGUUAAGGAAGUAAAAAUUAGCUCAACAGAGUGUGAGAACGAGGAGAAGGAGAAAAAGGUGGAGAAGCAGGAGGUUAAUGAAACAUGCACUGAGCAAAUUAAAAUAGAAACUACAAUUUGUGAGAACAAAAGUUCCGAAGAUGUUAAGCUGAAUACAGACGACUGCCCGAUCGCUGCUAAGAAGCCAAAGUUGGAAAUUCCCACCGAACGAAAGUCGAUUAUUGAAAUUCAUAUCGCCAAUAAGGUGGUCGACGAUAAAGAAGCACUAGCAGAGUUAGAGCGUAUACGCAAGCUUAAGGAGCAAACGAUUAUCGAAUUAAAUCGAUUGAAAUGUCAGGAAGAUAAGCUGCUCAGAAUCGAGACUAUAAAUAAGCAAUUGCAAAGAAAUAUAGAGCACAAAUGCGAUGUUACGACUAAUGAGAACGAGGAAAUUAUUGAAAAGAAGAAAGUAUGCGAUGUUUCGACUAAUGAAAGCGAGGAAAUUAUUGAAAAGAAGAAAGUAUGCGAUGUUACGACUAAUGAGAACGAGGAAAUUAUUGAAAAGAAGAAAGUAUGCGAUGUUUCGACUAAUGAAAACGAGGAAAUUAUUGAAAAGAAGAAAAUAUGCGAUGUUUCGACUAAUGAAAACGAGGAAAUAAUUGAAAAGAAGAAAGUAGUUGUGGAAGAGAAAAGGGAAGAAGAAAAUGAAAAGAAAUAUGAAACAAAAAAAAAAGUUGACGAAGGGAGUGCAGAAGAGACAGUAACCGUGGUAACUACGGCGUCGACGCCAGCGUACGCUGAAUCUUUACCAUCCAUCGAGAAUAUUAAUAGUGAAGAUCCGACGAAUUUAACCACCGACGUCGAAAUGAGUACCAUCACUGCUACGGAGAUUGCAACAGCAUCUGAGAAUGUGGUCCGUGAAGAAGAAUUGCAGAAUUCAAAUAACGCCGUCGAAAUACUGAAGGCAAACACUGAUGCGGAAACGGAAGUGAAUAUAGGAGCGGCAGCCUGCGCAGUACCAGUGCCGUCUGCACCAGCUAGCCUUAAAUCUGUACCAUCCACUGAAUCUGAUAACCAUAAAGAAUCUACCAAUUCAAACACUGGCGACGAAAAUAAGAAUGUCACCGCUACUGACAUAUCUCCUGGCGUUAGAACUGACGCAAUGCCAACCCCAUCAAUAGAAGUAGCAGCAACAUCGGCAGCAGUUACCACCACUUCAACAACUGCACCAUCUACUUCAAUACCGCCCGAUGAGAGCAGUAAUCAUUCCAUCACAGGCGAGCCUGAUCAUAAUUUGCCGCCAGAAGAACUCACUGCCGAAGAGGAAGAACGCGAUCGUGAAUUGCGAGCUUCACGUGCGACAUUUUUGCAACAUUUACCUUGCUUCAAGUUGCAGCGAAACUCAGUCAGCGCUAACAGCAGCGAGGUAGACUCCAAUGGCAUUGCUGCAAGAAGCCAACCCAUACCCAGGUGCCGCGAGUGCCGACGGCGCAAUACCCAGGGAGUUUCAGAUGUCUACUGUCGUUUUUAUGAAUUUCGCCGUUUACAGUAUAAUGAGGCGGGUGAAUUGCUUGUGGCCGGUUUCCCCAACCCCUAUAAGGAUCCCACGCCUGAUGACUUGCGGAUUUGGCAACCGGACAAGCUGAGUGAACCUACUGCAGGUUGGAUGGACAUUCAAGUAGCCCGCUAUAUUCUGUUGCAUGCAGGCGAUCAGUUCUGUUACUUAUGGCAGCAGGAAGCCGAAGCUUUGCGUUUACAUGAAAAUCCCAAUACAGUUAUCGCUUGGAAAAAGGUGGUGCAGGGUUUGCGAGAAAUUUGUGAUGUCUGCGACACAACACUUUUUAAUUUUCACUGGACAUGCGAUAAGUGUGGAUUUGGUGUGUGCCUCGAUUGUUUCAAAGAUCGCAAAGAACAGCGUAGCUGUCGCAAGAGGCGUACGGGCGAUAAAACGCAACGUGGCCACGACGAGUUUCACUGGAUGCUGUGUACCGCCACCACACCCUCCCAUCAAAAACACGAGCUGCGUGAGCUCAUGCUGACGCAGAUUAUUGCUGGCGACGCACUGAAUGUGUUGGGUCGACUGUUGCACGAUAUACGCGCUAUGUGGCAAGUGCCGCAGAUGUGCGGCUGCUUGUUAAGUAAACAGGAUCUACCGCCGGACACGGAAUUAGGAACUUUAAUACAAGACAUGAUCAAGGAGUCACAAUUAAAACAGCAAACGAGCGCUUCAUCACUGGCUACUGAAGAGACUUUGCGCAAACAGGCACGCAUGGAGGAGCUGCACGCCAAGAAGUUGGAAUUCGCGCGCGCCAGGGGUAUUGAUUAUGUGCCCGGGCGCGUAUGGACCAAGGAGACACUGGGAAAGGAUCCAAUCACAACAGCUUUUGACAAUUUCAAACACAUUAACUUUUUACGCAAAGGUUUGGCCGGUCUGCGUCGCUUUUUACCGCCGCGCGCAAUGACACUAACAUAUUCGACCUUGUUGGCUCCCGGUGUACCACACGAAUGGCUAUGUGAUGGCAAGUUGUUACGACUCACUAACGCAAUGCAUCCUGACAAUCGCAUACUCUUUCAGGAGGUAUGGAAAUGCGGACAACCAGUAGUGAUCUCGGAGGUGGCUCGUUCGCUGAACCUCGAUUUGUGGCGCCCAGAAGCUUUCUGCAAUGAUUUUGGUGACAAGCCGAACGACUUGAUAAACUGCUUGAAUGGUAAUUUAGUGCCAAAUCAACCGAUGCGCUAUUUUUGGGAGGGAUUUCAAUGCAUUAAGAAGCGACUGCUUGACGCAUAUGGCAAACCGAUGUUGUUGAAGUUAAAGGAUUGGCCGCCAGGCGAUGAUUUUGCUGAAAUCUUACCAACGCGUUUUGCUGAUCUUAUGGCCGGUUUGCCCAUGCCAGAGUACACGUUGCGUACAGGUAAUCUAAAUAUUGCCAGCUGUUUGCCGAAGAUGUUUGUGCCACCUGACUUGGGUCCAAAAAUGUACAACGCCUAUGGCUCUGCACUACAUCCUGACAAGGGCACCACAAAUCUACACUUGGACAUCUCGGAUGCUGUCAAUAUUAUGGUUUAUGUGGGCGUACCACAAGAUGCAGACAGCAAACCACAAUUAGUGGCCACACAAAGAGCAAUCGCCUUGGGUGGUUGCGAUUAUCUGACACGCGCACGCUGUCAAUCGCCUGACGUUCUCCCAGGCGCCUUGUGGCACAUCUUUCCUGCACGUGACGCUGAUAAAAUCCGCGACUUGCUUAAUCGUGUAACUAUCGAAAAGGGCUUUCGUUUGGAACCCGAUCACGAUCCCAUACACGAUCAGAAUUGGUAUUUGGAUGAUAAAUUGCGUGCACGGCUCUUCAAGGAAUACGGUGUCGAGGGUUAUCCCAUUGUACAGUGUCUUGGUGAUGCAGUUUUCAUUCCCGCAGGUGCGCCACAUCAAGUACAAAAUCUACAUAACUGCAUCAAAGUGGCAGAGGACUUCGUCUCACCGGAGAAUAUAACCCAUUGCUAUCAUUUGACGCAUGAGUUUCGGCAUUUGUCGCACUCCCACACAAAUCACGAAGACAAAUUGCAGAUUAAGAACAUAAUUUAUCAUGCCAUCAAAGAUUGUUGCCAUAUACUGGUGAGCGAGCUGGACCAGCGGCUGGACGAAGAGUUAGCUAAAGUAGAGGAACAGAAUGCAAAGGCGCAAAUGAGUCUCAUUGAAGCAACAGAACUUGCAGCUAAACUUACCGGCGGAGGUGUAAUUAAUGACAAGUAAAGUAAUUUUAUCACGGCACCCAUUUUUUUCAAUAACAUUUUUUAUUCCACAUAUUUACCAUCUCAAAAUUUAUGAAAGUGCAUUAUAAUAUCGUAGUUUGGUAAGUUUAUGUAACUUCGUAAUAAAAAUAUAAUUAUCUGUAAUUUUU